UCAACAAGUUCAUCAUCCAUCCAGCAUUAUUUUUUUAAGAAAUGUCUUUGAUUCCGAGCUUCUUUGGCAAUGGCCGCCGGAGCAACGUCUUCGAUCCAUUUUCAUUGGAUAUUUGGGAUCCAUUUGAGGGCUUCCCAUUCUCCUCCGCCGUUUCCGAUCUCCCUAUCUCCUCCGGAGAAACAACCGCGGUGGCAAACGCUAGGAUCGACUGGAAAGAGACGCCGGAGGCACACUUGUUUAAAGUGGAUGUUCCCGGAUUGAAGAAGGAAGAAGUGAAGGUUGAGGUUGAAGAUGGGAAUAUUCUUCAGAUAAGCGGAGAGAGAAACAAAGAGAAAGAGGAGAAGAACGACAAGUGGCACCGUGUCGAGAGGAGCUCCGGCAAGUUCAUCCGCAGAUUCAGGCUGCCGGAGAAUGCAAAAUUGGAGAGGGUGAAGGCGGCUAUGGAGAAUGGAGUGCUGACUGUCACUGUGCCGAAAGAGGAGGUGAAGAAGCCUGAGGUCAAGUCCAUUCACAUCUCUGGUUAAUUAUGUUUUAAUUUUGUAUUUCAGCAAGUUUUUUGGUUUGUCCGGCUGUGGUAUAUUUUGGGAGUGUAUUUCUUUUUGGUUUUGUGGCAAGUGAAACAUCACUAUGUAGUAUGUACAAUAGAAUAAAGCCGAACUGGUAAAUGAGAAAUUACAUGUUGCUUUUCAGUACAUAACUUUUGAUCAUUUCUAUAUUUUAAACUCUUGUAUCAAUCAGUAUUUCCUUUAGAUCUAAAACAUUGGACAAAUUAU